AUGUCUAGUCUGAGGAACUUCAGAUCGGCUCUUGACAGCCAAACUUCCAGCACGGCAAGACACCAGGCGCAACCCGCGGCUGCGAAAUCGCCGCUGACGAACAAGAGGGAGUGCGUCCAGUGCAUUUUGGCCUUUCUGGCCGCGCGUGACUUCCACCCCUGCACGGCGAAGGAGCUUCUGCGGUCGCCGCCGCUCCAGACGCUGCUGGACAUAUGGAACUUCCUCUUCAGCUACAUCGACCCGAAUGCGCACAUCACGAAGGAGAACAUGGCGGUCGAGGUGCCGAAGUUCUUCAAGGAGUUCGGGUACCCUCACAUAAUGAAGACAUCGCACCUGAGGACCCCGACGGCGGACCACCAGUGGGAGGCCAAUCUGGUGGCUCUGUCGUGGCUGUGCAAGCUGCUUCUGUAUGAGCAGGAGUGCUUCGACAAGCCUUUCGAGGUCACCAAAAAGAGGCACGGCUCGCCCUACAUGGGCCUGGAUUUCGGCGCGCACGGGAAAGCCACGAUUUCCAACACGAUGGUGGCCCAGUUUGUCACGGAGCAGGCCACCAAGCACUUCCAGCUGUACCUGAAAGGCGAGGAAAACAGCGUGCAGCUGGUGGAGCAGUUCCACCGCGAUGUCACUGAGCUGGUGGCGGGUGUCCAGGACAGCGUCGACGGCAAAAUCCGUGAGCUUGAGGAGCUGCGCGGGCAGACCCUGGAAUUGCAGGAGGAGCUGGAGUCGUUCGCCCGCACCAAGGAAUGGAUAGAGAAGGCCAAUGUGGAGCUGCAGCGCAUCGAGGAACUGACAGCUUCCGUGCGCGGCACGUGCGUCCAGGCGGCUGAGACUCUGAAGAGGCACAAACAGACGCUGCGGGACGAGGAGGCCGCGCUGGCCGCGCAAGAGGAGCAGAACGCCGACAUCGAGAAGUUGAUCGAGCAGCAGGACAUCAACAAGAACGUCGUGCAGGAACUCAAUAACACCAUCCGCGCUCUGAAGGUCCGCAUCGCCGACGGCAAUCGCAAAAUCAAGGAGCUCGAGCACGACAUCGCCUCGAGCAAAACAACCGCGCAAACCAUGGAGUCACAGCUGGUCAGGUUGCAGAAGGCGCUCGCCAGCACGCACGAAUCCAUCAGGAACUUCCUGGUGAACAACGGUCGGCAUGCGGAGUCGUGGCGCAGCCUCGGCCAGCUGCGCAUCAACCCCCAAGGCAUCAACGAGAGCGAGAUACUGGGCGUGGAGCCCGCAACGUACAACGGCGUGCUCCAGGACGUCAUCAACAAGGACCGGGAAGCAACGCAUGAGAGCAGCGAGGCCCGUACGGAGCUCGAGCAGGCCAACCAGCAUCUGGAGGCGCUGGGCAACGAGAUCGCGCGCGAGACAUCGGAGAUACUCCGGGAAACGUCGUCGCUGAUCAAGAACCAGCACGUGGAGGAGAAGGACGCCCGCGUGCAACUGGAGGCGAGCGAGCUGGCCGCCGUGAUACGUGCCGCCGCCAACGACGAGCUGGUGAGUCGUCUAGACAACCGUGACCUGCGUGGCCUAACUGGCGCACAGGAAUCGACUAAGCGCGAGUUGGAAGCCGUCGAGGCGGAGGUCGCCGUGGCGCACGCCCAGCUGCAGCAACAGGACGCCGCCGCCCAGGAGGCGUGGCAGGUGUUUGUAAACAGGUUCAAGGAGAUGUUCCAAAUAGCUCGCAGCUCCAAGGAGUCAAACUGCCAUGCACUGCGCGGCGACCGCAGGCUCAUCGGCCUGGAGCAUCGCCUUUUCAGCGGCGGAGACGAUACGCAGCACGAGGCGGCUUCUGAAACGACCUGCUAG